AUGACAUCCGCGCAACAAAAUGGAUUGAUGCAUAAAUAUUCUAAAUCUGUCAAAACAAUCCGAAAUCGAAUUGUUCAAGUCGAAUUUCGCUGGUCACGAGCCGAUCCUUGUCAAAGUUAUCGUUUGCAAAUACUCGAAGAACGAUUUCGUCAAGCGCAGAAGAAUAUUCGUUCUAAAAAGUUAGCUCAUAUGCGAUUUGAACAGUUCAUCGAUUUGAUAACACCAUUGUUCGCUAACGAUGCAGUGGAAAUCAGUCAUUUUGUGUUACGUUCGACGUUCGAUUACUUAUUUGAUCAAAAUUCCAAUGGAUCGAUUGAACCACAAGAGUUCGAACCACUUUUUCUAUUACUCCAUGGAAAUGAUGCAUCCAAACUGAAUUUAUUCCAUGAACAUCUACGACAAAUAUUCAGUAAUCGAUCAAAUCAUAUUUCAUUCAAAGAAUUCGCCGACUUUGUCAACGGUUUAAACAGUUUCAGUGUGAACCUGGCGCAUCGAUUUGCUAAACUUGAUUGUGAUCUUGUUAUUCACGGUCAUCCGAGUAAGGAAAAUGUUUAUCGGAACAGCCAAGUUAAGUUUGUAUCGAAUCAAAUACGAAGUAUCGCUGAUGUGCAAAGCUUAGCCGAAGAUUUUCAGCACAUUGAUAUCUUGAUUAUUAAUCAACCACAUCGAGGGUAUCACAGAGGUUCGAUUGAGGAAUUUCCAGUCGAAAAAUGGACGGAAAAUAUCGACUCGAACCUUCAUACAACUUUUGCAUUGGUAAAAACUCUAUGGACACGGAUGAAACGUCAAUAUUUCGGACGAAUUAUUCAUAUCGCCAACGAGCAUAAUUUCAUCGCCAACGAAUAUCAAUCAGCAUGUACAACUGUACACUAUGCAUUGAUUGGCCUAAAUAAAGCUUUAGCAGUCGAAGGCAGUCCAUAUGGAAUCACAUCAAACAUUAUUUGUCCCGGAUCGAUAUCGGCAAAACCUUUCGAAGGCAAUGAUCAUGUUCAAACAUUAACCGAUCUUGUCUUAUUUUUAUGCACUGAUCAAGCUCGUUCGAUCACCGGUCAACUGAUCCCGUGGACAAAUGUAGAAAACAUUUAG